AUGGAGAUCGUCAAUCCAAACGCGGCCAUUCUCACCAACUACGAGGUCAUGACGGCCCUGAAGGACAUGAAAAACAGCAAGAAAAAGUACGGACUGCGCAAUCUCGCCACGAUCACGUACGAAACGGUGCAGUAUCUGGAGGACACACCGUGCAAGGAGCAAUCGACCGCCGGCAUCAUCGACUUUCUGCAGGCGAUGAAGGAGUUCAACCUGACCAAAAACGAGUGCCUGAUGAUGGUGAACGAUCCACCGUCCUCGCCGCUGCACAUACAGCUGAUGAUCGAGGACUCGGACGAGCGGCUGACGGAGGAGCAAGUCACCCGGAUACUGGAACAGACGGCCAAACUACGGACGCCAGCGACACCAGCGGCAGGAGCACCAGGGACAACUACGACCGAAACAACGGGACAAGCGGAUAGCUAA